UUAGUCAGCUUCUGGCUAUUAUCUAACAGUGGCGAAUAUUUUCCAUUCAGCUUCAGUCUGGACUUGUUACUCUUGCGUUUUUAACUUUAAUUUUAAAUUACAAGUCCACAGUACGUUGCACUUCUGAUCUUCGUUUGUUUGCGCGACUUGCUACCCGGUCGGUGUCGAUAGCUCGCAGCUGGACAGAGAUGAGUAGUCCCGAUGCGGGUUACGCCAGCGACGAUCAGACCCAGGCUAGGUGCGCGUUGUCAGUCAUGAUGCCUGGAAUGGGACACUGUCAAUGGGCAGACCCCCUGAGCCCUUUGGGAGACACCAAAGGAAAGAGCGAGUCGUGUGCUUCCAGCUCCGGGAACCAGAAUCGCGGGAAGACUGAGCCGCGGAUCCGGCGACCCAUGAAUGCGUUUAUGGUGUGGGCAAAGGAUGAGCGCAAGCGACUGGCACAACAAAAUCCGGACCUGCACAAUGCGGAGUUGAGCAAAAUGUUGGGGAAGUCGUGGAAAGCCCUCCCUGUGUCUGAGAAGCGUCCCUUCGUCGAAGAGGCCGAGAGGCUCCGCGUUCAGCACAUGCAGGACCAUCCCAACUACAAGUACAGGCCACGGCGGCGGAAGCAGGUGAAGAGGAUUAAACGCCUGGACUCAGGGUUCCUGGUCCACGGCGUGUCCGACCACCAGAGCAACUCCCUGGGCGUGGACGGCCGGGUGUGCAUGGAGGGCCUCGGACUGGGCUACCACCACGAGCAUGGCUACCAGGUGUCUCCCCAGUCCCUCGGACACUACCGCGACGCCCAGGCCCUCGGGGGGCCUUCCUACGAGCCCUACAACCUGCCCACCCCGGACACGUCCCCCCUGGACGCGGUGGAGAACGACUCCAUGUUCUUCCCCGGCCACUCUCAGGAGGAGUGCCACGUGAUGCAGGGGUACGCCUACCACACCCAGGGGGCAGAGUACCCCCAGGACCCCCACCCUAACCACCAUGCCAACCCCAUGCUCCACAGACACUUCUCGCCCCCAAGCGAGCAGCAGCAACAGGUCUCCCAGGCCGGCCCCGUCCCCCCCACCUUCAACCAGCUGGCCAUGUAUUACAGCCAGCACUGCAGCCCCAGCCACUCCAAGCGACACCUAGGCCACGGGGCAGGACAGCUCUCCCCUCCCCCAGACUCCCACCCUCAUUCUGGAGACCAGGUGGAUCAGAUGCACCCCUCAGAGCUGAUAGGGGAGCUGGACCGCAGUGAGUUUGAGCAGUACCUGAACUCCUCCAGACCCGGGGACAUGACAGGCGUGUCUUACGGGGCGCACGAGGCCAACAUGCAGGGACCCGAGAGCCUGAUAUCCUCUGUGCUGUCCGACGCCAGCACAGUGUUCUACUGCAACUACAACUCCUAACCUUCUGUUCUGCUGCCUAGUGUUGAAACUAUCACAGCACAUAACCCGACCUCAAAUGUCUCUCCGUCUUCUUUGUCUAUUUUUGUCCUCUGUCUCUCCCUCUUCUGCCUCUCUCUCAGUCUCUCUCUUUCUUUCUCUUUCAUUUGGAGACCAGUGGGAACAGUGAGAGCUCUUUAAUUUUAGGGUUUAAAUGCAGUAUGUUGUUUUGUGUGUGUGUGAAGGACGUUCAAUGUGAGCCGAGAAGCCGUAGAAAGUUUUGAAUUGUGUUAACGAUUGUUCACAUGCUGGUUUCAGACUUUUUUGUUGUUCCCUUCUUUUUUUGAAGAGGAAACAUUUUGUGAUAUUAAAUAAUGUACAGUUACUAUUAUUGAAGGCUUUAUGUAUAGAUGUUUUUAUACUUUUGCACUUUUGAAAAAUAAAGUU